AUGAUUACAAAUAGCAGUUGCACUGACUAGUACUGAAAGCACACUGGACUCUUGCACCCUACUGAACCUCUAAACCAUGCAAAGGAACAUCAGGAUGCUUUCCCAGAUGAUUUUCACUGUUUUGCUUUUCCUGGCGCUGUCAGCUGGAAGACCAGGCCUUAUCAGCAAGAGUCACAAGGGAGACAACCCCCUGCUACAGUAUGUGCUCAAUAACUCUUUAAGGGAACAUCCUGUGCUGACAAAGCUGCGCUUGAAAACUAUGGAAGAUCCUAGGAGUGGCAUGAUGGUGGCUGCAGAACAGGCUCAGUUAAUGGCCAAUUUGCUAAAGUUGAUCAAAGGCAACAAAACCAUUGAAAUAGGCAUGUACACAGGCUACAAUACUUUGAGUAUGGCUCUGGCAGUUCCUGAGGAUGGCCAAGUGGUAGCCUGUGAAAUAAAUGAGGAUUACAUCAAUAUUGGCAAGCCAUACUUCCAAGAGGCUGGUGUAGAGAAUAAAGUUGAUAUUCGUCAUCAAAUCGCACUUAAAACCUUAGAUGAACUUCUUGAAGCUGGAGAAGCUGAAACUUAUGACUUUGUGUUCAUUGAUGCAGACAAGGAAAACAAUGAGAAUUACUAUGAAAAGUCUCUCCAGCUUAUUCGUAAGGGUGGAAUAAUUGCUAUAGAUAAUGUCCUUUGGGGUGGAAGUGUCAUAAACCCUGACAAGGACGAUGUAACCUCACAAAGCAUUGACGAGCUGAAUAAGAAAUUACACAAAGAUCAGCGAGUUGAUCUGAGCAUGCUUACAGUUGGUGAUGGCCUAACCUUGGCUAUCAAAUUAUAAUCCCUUACUAUUGACCAAACAAAACAGAGCAGGCUAAUCUAGUUUAAUUUUAAUUAUUGUUGAUUUUUAAAUCAUAUAUUACAGGAUUGUUCUCUAAAGGCUUACAAUUUACACAACACAAUAACUCUUUGACCUUUUCCUGCUUUGAAAAAGAAAAUGCUGAAUAAAUAGCUUCUUCAAGAAGGUUCCAAUUUA